UAUUAAUCGCUGUAGUAGUGGUCAAUAAUGUCAGUUUUAUUUUGUUAUUUAAUUUCCGUUAAUAUUAAUUUAAGUUUGAAUAGUUUUUAUUAAUUAAUCAAUUACAAAAUUGUUUUAUUGAUGGUUAAGCUAAAAUUGUAUUAGUUUCUAAGAAGAAUGUUAAGGAAUUUAUGUAAGUGAUGCAAGCACAAUUUAGAAGAAAAAACAGCAUUUAUUAUAAUAUGUUAGAAUAAGUGUUUUAUUGUUCAUUGAUAUUCGCCAAAGUUAUAAUUCAAAAUGACCAUGAAGAUGUUUGUUGAAGAUUGGAAGUUUGGUGGAGUGCUAGGAGAAGGAGCCUUUGGAGAGGUAAAGCUCCUGAUAAAUGUAAACACAAAUGCUAAAGUUGCUGUUAAAAUGAUAAAUUUAAGAAAACACAAUGAUGCUCAUAUGAUGGUAAAGAAAGAGAUUUGUAUCCAGAAAACUCUGAGCCAUGAAAAUGUUCUGAAACUUUAUGGUUCUAGACAGGAAGAUGACGUUUUAAUGAUGUUUUUAGAAUAUGCUAUAGGAGGAGAAUUGUUUGAUAGAAUAGAACCUGAUGUGGGGAUGCCUGCUGGUCAGGCCCAAUAUUAUAUGAAACAGCUCUUGAAUGGUGUCCAGUAUUUACACCAAAAGGGCAUAGCUCAUCGAGAUAUUAAACCUGAAAAUUUACUCAUAGAUGAAAAUGAUGUAUUGAAGAUUUGUGAUUUUGGCCUAGCCACCAUGUUCAGACUGAAGGGAAGAGAAAGACUGCUAGAUAAGAAAUGUGGUACGUUGCCUUAUGUAGCUCCUGAAGUAAUCAGUGGAGAGUCUUAUCAUGCUGAACCUGCUGACACUUGGUCCUGUGGAGUUGUGUUAAUAUGUAUGUUGUGUGGAGAAGCACCGUUUAAUCAAGCUUCCACUGAAUGUUCUUAUUAUAGAAAGUGGAUAACUGGUAAUUAUAUGCUUACUUCACCAUGGACAAAAUUGCAGUAUUCAGCACUGAAUUUAGUGAAAAAGAUUCUUUUACCAAACCCAAAGAAGCGGAUAAGCAUUCCUCAAAUUUUAGAGCAUUCGUGGAUAAAUUCAACAUUCAACUAUAAAGAUGACCAAAGUUUAUACAAGGAGCCUUUAUCAAAGAGACUGAUAUACGAUGAUACGUUUGAUGGCCCCAAUUUAUCUUACUCUCAACCAACCCCGUGUUUACCAUCUAUUGAUAUGAAAGACGUGAUUAAUUUAUUGAGAGACAAGAGUGGCUCAAAUUUGUGUUAUUCUCAACCUACACACAACGACGAUCUCAUGAUCAACUCUCAACUACCUUUGACCCAAACGCAGACUAUUAAUUUGAAUACGUUCCAGUGUAUGGUUAAGAGAAUGACUCGCUUCUUCGUCAAACAAGACUGGGAAAAAGUAUUGGAGAUUUUGGGGGCUGCACUGGAUCAAUUUCACUACACUUGGAACUUGGAUGAAUCCGGAGUUAUUACAAUAUCGACUGUUGAUACACGUAGAAUGCCUUUAGUAUUUAAAAUCAAUCUAAUAGAAAUGGACUCAAAAUUAUUGUUGGACUUCCGUCUUUCAAAAGGCUGUGGUUUGGAGUUCAAGAGGCGGUUUAUAAAAUUAAAACAUGUUUUACGAGACGUUAUCGAUAAAGACGUGACAGUGCCAUCGUAAGUAAUUGUUUUUAUCACGUUCUUAUUCAGUGCCUUAGCAUUAAAUUGAAAUGGAGACUUAUUUUUAUAAAUGUUGAGUUUAAAAAAGUGUUGUUCUAUCUCAGAUAAUAUUGUAUUAUGUAACUGUUUACGAUGAAGAAUAAAAGAUAAAAUAUUUUUUCGAAUA